CGCGCCUGCCCCGUGAACGAGCGAGAGAGAGAAAAAGUGGGGACAGGAAAGGAGGGCGCGGGCACGGGCACGCCGAGCCUCCCUCUCUGGUCAGCGCGGAUGGAGUGAGGUCGCAGACAGCGGAGGCGGGGAACCGGUGGGCGGAGCAGCGCCGCUGCGACACGGGGGUUGCGGUUAGCGGAGAAUAAGAAGGCGGGAGGCGCGGCGCAGCGGCUCCCAGGAUCCGCUGGCUUGGGGAGACCGUCUCUGGGACAGCUUGUCCCUCCCCCUGAGGCACCGUCUCCGGGACACAUUCCCCCUCGUUCUCUAGAGUUACCCACCCGCCCCUCUAGCGUACGGGGCAGGGACACCCUCCCUCCCUUGCCCCCCGCCGCCGAGCAUCGCCUCCAGGACCGCUUCCCCCGACCCACCGAGAGCAAAGUCCGGGGCGCUCCCUAACCCCCGGGACACAGCCACCCCCCGGUCCCCUCAAGAUGGGCGUGCGGGCGGGCGGCUGGCGCCAGCUGGUCGACUACUUGCACGACCCGCACAGGGUGGCCAAAUUUCAGCAGCUGUGCGGCGUGGCCGCCGUGCGCUCCGCCCAGCCCCUGGUUAACGGCGGCGGUGGCUGCCGCCAUGCGGCCGGGGCCGGGGCGGCUGGCGAGGCCGGCACCAGGCACCGCCGAGACCCCGGCGCCCCGAACAAGAACGGCGUGGCCUGCGAGCCGGCCGCCGGGCACUGCGGCGACUCCGCCGCCGCUUCCUCCUCCUGCAGCCCUGGAGAAGCCGAGCGACAGCCGCCGGCCGCCGACCCCACGAAGAAGCCGAGGCGCAGGAACUCGCUGAACGAGGAGGAGGCGGCGGGUGCCGAGUUCAUCAUCCGCAACCGGCUGCUCUACUAUCUCUUCAGCCUGGGCACCGAGCUGGGCAACGAGCUCUUCUACAUCACCUUCUUCCCCUUCUGGCUCUGGAACAUCGACCCGUACGUCGGCCGCCGCCUGAUCGUCAUCUGGGUGUGGGUCAUGUACCUGGGCCAGUGCACCAAGGAUAUCAUCCGCUGGCCGCGACCCUCCUCUCCUCCCGUGGUCAAGGUGGAAGUCUUCUACGACUCCGAGUACGGGAUGCCCUCCACUCACGCCAUGUCGGGCACCGCCAUCCCCUUCUCGCUCUUCUUCUUGACCUGCGGCAGAUGGGAGUAUCCAUAUGCGAUUGGACUACUCCUCGCUUCAAGCUGGUGCAUCCUUGUAUGUCUCAGUCGACUUUAUAUGGGGAUGCAUUCUGUUUUGGAUGUAAUUGCUGGUGUGCUUUACAGCAUUCUAAUCCUGAUCAUCUUCCACCCAGCUUUGGACUUAAUUGACAACUUCAACUUAACCUGCAAGUAUGCCCCUUUAUUCAUCAUCAGCCUUCACCUGGGAAUGGGCCUUUUUUCAUUUACCUUGGACACAUGGAGUACAUCUCGUGGAGAUACUGCUGAAAUUUUAGGCACAGGAGCAGGUAUCGCUUGUGCUUCUCACGUCAAUCACAUGUUUGGCAUAUUGCCUGACCCGCCACUUGUUGCUCUACCAUUUUCUCCCCCCUCGAUCACAUUUAAUCUCAUCGCAAGAGCAUUUCUACGUUUCGCAGUUGGGGUUGUAGUCCUUUUAUUGACCAGAGCAGUGCUGAAAGCAAUCACUAUCCCCCUGGCCUGCAAAAUAUUCCGUAUUCCAUGCACUGACAUUCGCCAGGCACGAAAAAGAAUGGAAGUAGAACUUCCCUAUCGUUACUUGACAUAUGGAACAGUAGGAUUUGUGGCCCUAUUCCUGGUUCCCUGCUUGUUCAAUUACCUGAACCUCUCUUGAUGGGAGACGAUGUGCUUUUCACAGAUUCUUCGAAAGAAGGAAUGCAAAGUUUUAAUGGGGUGGGGGGAGGAGAGGGGAAAUGGUUAUAUAUUCUGCCUCAACCCUUUUGAGCUGCCAUUUACUUGGACACAUGAAGCCUGGAAGGUGGCAAGAGGAAAAUAAUGGACAUGACCAAAAUGUAAGCUCGUUACUAUUCCCACUCUCAAAUAGAGGCUUCCUGAGGCCAACCAUUCUGAAGAGAACAUGAGGAGAAUGAACUCUUAAUGAUUAUGAAAAUUCUUCUUAAAUUCCAGCAGAAGCUGAUUAAAUCUGUGCAGAAUGAGCUCAGUGUAAUAUAAUUGUAAUAGACUCAAGGUUCAGGUAUCUAACAGCUUAUUCAAUUGUGCCUUUUAGUUUAUUGCACAAGAAUUGCUGUAAUUUCUGCAGUGAUCAUAAAUUUUAAAUGCCUCAGAUAACUUGUGCAACUCUUGUGUUCCUGACACUUCCUUGUACACUUAUUUAGUUUUAAGUUUUAGUCUUGAUACUUGUUCAUUUUUGGAUCGCAUUCUUAAUUUGCAAUUUAAACUUGCUUUCAGAGUACUGGAGUUGUAAAAGGAGUUUCAUCUGAGUGCUUAGAUGCAUAAUUCUUUUCAGUUUUAGAUGGACCUACUUCUACGUACAUUCUAAAAUAAGAAGCAUAAGGUGCCACUAUCUCUGAAUUGGAUCUCUUUGUAUACAAGUGCAUUCAUUGGGUUUAAAUUUUCUCUCUGAUCUCCUUGUUAAACCUUUAUUGCUUAUGUCUCGCAUUUAGAGCUAUUGACCAUUGGAACUUUCUUCAUGUUAAAGGAAAAGAUAAAAUAACUGGACAUUAUGAAAGCCAAAAUUAGUGCUUCACAUGUUGGAAGUUGGACUUCGCUCCAACCAAAAGUCCUCUGAUGGACGGACUUGAUUGUGAAUGUUCUCCAGUAUAACGAGUCUUUUCUGUGCCCUGAGCACUUGUUUAGGGGAAAAUGCUGCAAUGAUGUAUUCGUCUUGUUGCUUUAGGCAUUGAAAAAUCAUACCUUUGUUCUACCAUUGAUUCACCAUGCUAUCCUGUUAAAUGCAGAUCCUAUAGGUUGAACAAUCUGAGACUUAAAUAAUGAAAACAGCUGUUGUUCUAGAUUUGAGCCUUGAGCAUUAUUGCAUGACUUCCUAUUAUGGUAGCCAAGAUCACAUAUGGUACUAACUGUGUUACUGGUGUUUGAGUCACUGAAGUAGACCUUGUUUAUAUUUUACAGUGUGGCUUUGCACCCUUGCUCUAUAUGCAGUAUGGGAUCAGGUUGUCAUGUGUGGUGAGCUUGUUAGUGUAAAGAUCUCUUCUAAUAAAUAAUGUUUUUGACUUCUUCAAUCUGUAGAUUAUGUUAUCAUGGAUAACCUGAUACCCUUAUUUGAAGAUUGCAAGUAGAUUGUGUAUUAAUUGAACCCUAUACUUUUUGCAUGGGGCUCUGCAGUUCAGUGAGCCCUACAUAAAAGCUACAUUUUGUAUCCAUCUGUUUCUCAGCCCCUGUUUAAUUUCAUUUUUUCCCCCAAUCUUCCAGAAUUUAAGUGAUAAUGGUAAUCCUGUCAAGAGGAACUUGAGCUGUGCUUACCUUAACAUAGCAUUAAUCAAAACCACAUUGUUACAACACAAACUAUAUUAAAACAAAACUAUUUUGUUUAACUUGCAGUAUGAAAUGCUUUCUCUUUUCCCUUCUCCAUACUGUUUGGGCCAAUACCAGAAAGUCCAAUGGGAAGAAUGCUGACCAGUUCCUUUCAAAAUGCUGUCAUUUGCUCAUGUCUAGAGGAAUUGUUAUUACUUAAUUGAUUUCAGUAUAAAAGUGCGUUUACGUACAAGUGUUCUGUUAAAGGAAGUAUCCCUUUGUUGAAAGUUAGGUUUAAAUUGAUUUUUCUAUACAUAAGAUUGCAGAACACUGACAAGCAGGUGUCAUCCUUUCCCUACCAUGCAGCUUUACCCUUUAUUGAAAAUGAAUGUUGGUCUUAUCUGUAAGGAGUUAAUAGAUGUAAAACCAAAUAAUAUCCUUUUAGAAAGUUUAUGCUGCGUAAGAGAGAAAACAUCCCAUGGAUCUUAUCAGUGACUACGAUGGGUUUCUAAUGGAGAAAUCCGUCAAAAUAUUCCUGAAUAUUCUUUAGACUUUAUUUUAACAGGAUGUGCAGAUUGAAGGCAUUUCCCUCACUGACUUUUUAAGUUUAAAAAAAAAAGUAGCUUAACAAUAUAUUUGUGUAGGUUGCAUAAUCUGUCUUGGGGUAGUGUAUCUCUCUCAUUGUGUAAUUUCUAAAAUUACUUUUUGGGUAGAGAUCUACUGAACCUGAUUUGACCCUGUUUACAUCUCAAAAUUUUUAUAUGGAGCUAAUCUGAUCUGAUUAGAGCCUGUGAUAUUUGUUUACUUUUACAGAUCAACAGUAUUCCAUGGUAUUGGGGCAUGCUUUGUUCCUAUACCAUUCCAUUAAACCGUAGAUGUAUUUAUGAGACUUGCUGUCAAUGGUAUCACUGUAUUCAUAGGAUAGGAUAUUGAAGGAUAUUAUGAAGGGAAGUAGGGAGGAAUGAUUUUUAUAAAUUUGUUCUUUAAAUACUUCCCACAAACCAACCAACCCCAUUGAUUUUUGUAUUUAGCUAAAACCAUCAAAUGUGAUUGAGGAUGAUGUGACAAAUUGCUGUACUCUCUACAUGUGAUCAUAUAAGCCAAAUGUGCAGCAAAAUAUAGAAGCUGUAAUAUGCUUGAGCAGUGUAGUAAAUUUGGAAAUUCUGGAUAUAUUUGGUUUCCAAUUUAGAAGCUUAAUGUGAUGAAUUAAUUUAUUCCCACGGCUCUUGGUGGUCUUUCAUCUUUAAACUUGGCUUUCAUUAAUAACACCUUUUCAACUAUUCCUUGCCAAGAUCUCAGACGUUAUUUGUCGACUAAGAGUAGAGUUGAAGCUUCUAACCUGCUGAAGGUGAUGUCACCAAAAUAUUGGUUUGUUUGCAUUACUAUUAAAUAGCUGCUAAAUGUAGGAAUCUGAAAUUGACUCCAGAACAAACAACGUCCAUGAAUAUUGACUUGAAGUUUGAUUUGUUCCCCCCACCCCACCCCCACUUUUCCCAAAGGUAGCACAGUGUUUAAGGAGACCAUAUACCACCUUCACUAAUUUGUGAAGCCAAUACUACGGUACCUGGCUCAGCAUUCGGGAUGCGCUCCCAGGAAUGAAGGUUCUCAUGGAAAUGGCCAUGAUAGCAUUAGAUGUUAUUUGCUGUGCUGGGGACACGAUCUUUUAACACCACUUGUUUGACGUGAUGGGAGCUGCUCUCUCCCCUCUCUUUGGCCAGCCCUGAGACUCCCUGUGGUACAAAGCUCAACGAUAGCCACUGGCCUUUGAGCUCAUGUAGUAGCUUUCAUCACAUCCAACAGGAAGUGAUGAGAGAGGCCGUAGAAUCCGGGCAACCUGUCAACACAUGGAGUAGGUGCUGCCCGUCCUUAGCAACAGCUGCAUUCAAUAUGCCUGCCGAAAUGCUGCUGUGAGCUGCACGUCCCAGUGCUAAGCAGCCAUGCUGCUUGCCCCGACCAGCCACCUCUCCGCACCACCCAUGGAACUGUAAGAACGCCAGCGUGGGACAGGGUUUUGAAACGUGGCAUUCAGCCGGAGCAGAUUUUUUUUUAAGGUACGGGUGGGGAGGGGUGGUAUGUACCUCUGCUUAGACAGCAGGACUAAGAGUGCUAUAAUGAAUAAGUGCUCUGCUGGGCAGCAUGAAUUAGGGUACUUAUGAGUAUCUAGCUCCAUGCUGCACUUUAAUGAAUUAUUGGAGUUGAAAUGUCAGGAAAGGUAUUUGCAAUGGUCUCAAUGUGGCCAUAAAAGGAAAAUUGGCUCUGUCUUGAUGCUGGCUAGCCAUUAAGCUCCAGAGGAAUAAAUAAAUGCAAGUUGAAUAAGGUCACAUCUGACUGCUAGAACAGUGAGCAGCAUUAUACCUCAAAUGUGAAAAACCUAUCUUGGCUGAAGUAGAGUGUGUUGCUACAACUCAUUGAAAUACACCAACCUGAAUUGUGGUUUCUAAGAGAUGGGUAAAAUGGGAGUUACAGUAUUUUCUUAUCUGGAUUAUUCAGUUUUCAUUCUUUGCAAAUGAAUGCCAUUCACAAUCUUGCAGUCAGGGAUUAAUAUUGACUUUUCUACAUCUUUUGAUUGAGUUAAGUCUGUUCUUGAUCUGUUGGCAGAAGGCUUUGGUUUUACUUUGUUGUCAUUGCACCUUUUCACCGACUAUUCUGAUGGUGAUAUUUGAGGCCAAGAAGGUAUACUAUAAUGACAGCUGCACUUGUACACAUACCCAAUUUUUCCAUUGCUGGAAGGGCUAAGUUUAUAAGCAAGGACUAUCUAUCCAUAUUGGCAUUUGCUGGUUCUGUUAAGUAUCAGUGGUGCAAGUACUUUUAUCAGCUCAUGACAUUAAGAGGCAAGAUGUGUGCAUUACAUAAGAUAUCCACAAAGGGUUCAUGAAUUAAGCAUUGAUCAUUUUAUGCAAAAAGUUGACUUGGCCUGGUGCAAAUGUACCUUUUUUUUGUUCCAAGCCUUACUACAUGUGGUUGAGUUGUGGAGAACAUUUUUCUAAAUGCUUACUAUUGUUUUAAUGGAUUUAAAAUAUAAUAUAUGGUUAUCUUGUCAACUUUGUCAACUACAUUUCAGAUUAUAUGAACAAUAUAAAUAAUCCAUUGUAAAAUUCGAAUUGAAGGAUAAAUAGUCCCAUGAUGCCUAUGAACAAUUAAUUUUUUGGAAUGCUCCCUCCUUAUUCCAUGUCAGUAAAUGAAGCUUGUUUGAAUUUGGGGAGCAUAAUUGUUUAAUUUUUUUCAAACUGUUAAGUGUUAUAACCAAAGCAGACUGCAACACUAAAACCUGUGUACCCUUGAAUGGUGAAACUUAAUGAAUCCAGAAGUGGCUCAUAACUCUCUUGCUUGCAUUUUAACAACAAAAGUAUUAAACUUGUUUUUUUAUGCGGUAAGAUAUGCAGUGUUUUUUUGACAUGUUUUGUACCACUUUCCUAUUCAUACACACUAAAAGGGUUUUGAUUUCUCAGCACUUUGCAAUGGUGCAUGCUGUAAUGUAGAAUUGGUGAAUCACUUGAAACUAAAGUGUUUCUUUAAACUGUUAUGGGAAUAAAUGUUUAAAAAAGAAUGGAAAACGGUUUUGAAAUUCUGAAAUGCUCCAGUCCUUAAAGGAUUAAAAUAUUUUGAAUAAAACAUGUUUAUUUAUUAAAACACUGUGCAAUUCCUUUGCUUAAAUGCUAACUAAUUUAAGAUUCUACAUGAUGUACAAUUUGGUUAAGAAUUAUAGUGAUUCUUUGAAAAUGUUUUGUCCGUUAAUAGCAAGGUCCAAAUGUUCUUGUACCAAGACCAGCUGAUUGUCUCAACUACUAACUUUGCGCCUUUGACACAAUUCCCUUGCACAUAUUUAAAAUUGUCAUCCAAUUGAAACAGUAUGAACGCUCAGGCUCCAAGCCAAUUGGUUGCUGUGAUAAAUUAGAUCCUUCCAAAUUGAAAUGUGAGAAUGCAUUGUGUACGGAUGGAAAAGGGGCUGACGAAUCUGGAAAAUGAGCUCUGCCCCAGGAUUGGUUUGAGGGAUGCAUUGGUACUCAGAAUGUAAAUCACACUGGCAAACAGUGUAUCCAAUAAAAAGUUCUGAUGAGUAUGUGUUUCUAACAAAUAUGUCUCCACCUGCCUACAAACUUUCCAUGCAGCUUAGUCAUAAUAGAUCCUGUCAUUUCAACUAACUGAUUAAAAUGGCAAGAGAUGCUUAGAGUUGUGGAAUUAGUUCUGGAGUCCUGGUACAAUAGCAAAGCACAUUAACAACCAUGCAGUUGUAGGGAAUGGUUGGUUGUCCCUUUUGAUCUUCAUUUGAGCAAUCAUAAAGACUGUGAACUUUACAAUGAAUGCAUUAGUGUAUUUCAGAUUGUAAUCAUAUGGCUGUUAUUGACUAACUGAAUUUGAAUUCAUUUGAAAAUGGUCCAAAUUCAAAAAAAAAUGCAUGAUUAAAAAUCCUUCAGUGUUCACUCUGCCAGAAUUUCUGCAUGUGGAAUUUUUUUCAAAUUGAACAGGAUGCUGGAAGGGAUUAAAAUUAACUAUUUGCUUCCUUUGCUUAUUCAGAAUUGUUUCCUAUUUACUCUCUGAUCAUUAUUAAGCUUUCAACUGCUGUUGAUGCAUUUCUGUUAACUGCUGUUGUCAUUUCAUUCAUCAGGCAAGGUAAAGCUAUUUGUUUAAUUAACUUUUUUUUCUUUUUGCUGACGUGAGUUGCAUAUUCAUUCUCUUAACCAUUAAAACUUAAACUAAUUCAGUACAAAUCUAUGAAUAAAACAAUGAUGAUGUUUGGUUUUCAUCAUUGUCAGCUUUUUUGGGGCUUCUCUUAAAACUAAUUCAACCAUUCUGGAGUGCUGGCAUUUCAACUUAAGUUCAUUAGAGUUCAAACACUUUAGCCCACAGUAGUAUACCGCCUCAGCAUAUUCAUAAAAGAAGUUGGAGUGUGUGCUAUGAAUUGAUUGUGGAAAAUAAUUACUUCGCAUUACAAUGAAAGAAUCUUCAUUUUUCAGUGGGCAAUUCAGGAGGUGGGUUGGAGGAAUGGGUCUUGAAGGAGAGAAUGGUGCAAUUCUUCAUUGUUAAAAUUCUUAAAAGCCCAUGAAGGAAAAGAAGACAAUUGGCAAUAUAUAUGACUGAGUAAAUGUACUGAUAAUUAAGUAUGUUUAAUAUUACUAUUUGAAUGUUGAGCUGUUUUAAAUAAAGAUGCACUGCAUUCUUUUUUUCAAAAUGUAGAACAAAAAGGUAUGCUUAACUACCACCUGAACAUUUUUUGUCAUGUUUCUUUUCCAAAGUCUAAAGACCUUUUACUGCUUUUUAAAUGUCAUUCAUCUGCUUUGAACUCUGGCUUUAAGUAUUGUAAAUUUGUAUGCGUUAGUCACUGAUUUUUUUUGCUCUCUCCCCACUCCCUCACAAAAUACUGUUAUCUCAGCUCUGCCAGUCAGCAAUAUCUUGUGUGCAGCAUAGCUCACAAUUCACUUGAGUAAUUGCAGUUUGCACUUUGCACUGUGCUUAAAAUAAAAAG